AAAAAAAUAAUUUCACUUUCACUUUGCAAGAAGCAGCCGCUGUAUCCUUGAACCGGAGUAAAGAAAGAGCUCCUAUUUCACUUCUUUUACAAAGAGAGAUGGAGUUCAAAUACCCAGUGGCCCGAAGAGACGAGACCAGGGUUGAUGACUACCAUGGCACCAAGAUUGUUGAUCCCUACGCUUGGCUGGAAAACCCUGACAGUGAGGAGACUAAGGCUUUUGUGGCGGAGCAGAACAAGCUGAGCAUGCCCUUCCUAGAGAAGUGUGCAGUGAGGCAGAAGUUCCACGACAGACUCACAGAGCUCUUCGACUAUCCCAAAUACAGCUGCCCCUACAAGAGAGGGGGGAGGUAUUUCUACUACCACAACAAGGGUCUUCAGAACCAAGAUGUGCUGUAUACCCAGGACUCCUUGGAUGCAGAGCCCCGUGUGUUUUUUGACCCCAACAAGCUCUCAGAGGAUGGCACCGUUGCUCUGAAGAUGGCGCGGCUCUCAGAGGAGUGCGAGUACUUCGCCUACGGCCUGAGCUCCAGCGGCUCAGACUGGGUGACGGUGAAGUUCAUGACUGUGGGUGAUCAGCAGGAGUUACCCGACACGCUGGAGAGGGUGAAGUUUAGCUGCUUGGCCUGGACGCACGAUGGGAAGGGAGUUUUUUACAACUGCUACCCCCGGCAGGAGGGCAAGGCUGAUGGGACAGAGACCACCACCAAUCUCAAUCAAAAGCUCUUCUACCAUGUGAUUGGAACACACCAGUCAGAGGAUAUUCUAGUAGCAGAAUUUCCUGAUCAUCCCAAGUGGCAAAGCAGCGUCACGGUGUCUGACGAUGGACAGUAUGUGGUGAUGGCAAUUACAGAGGGCUGUGAGCCAGUCAAUCAGCUGUGGUACUGCGACUUGCAGACGCUGUCCAAUGGCAUCACUGGGAUUCUGCCCUGGGUGAAGGUGGUUGAUAACUUUGAGGCGCAGUAUGGCUACGUGACCAAUGAGGGCAGCCUCUUCACUUUCCGCACCAACCUGCAAGCGCCUCGUUAUCGCCUGAUUAACAUUGACCUGACGAAUCCGGAGCCCUCCAACUGGACUACGCUCAUCCCAGAGCACGAGAAGGAUGUUCUGGGGUUUGUGGCCUGUGUGAACAUCCGCUUCCUGCUGGUGAACUACAUCCAUGACGUCAAGGACGUGCUCCAGCUGUACGAGCUGAAGAGCGGGCGAUUCCUAAAAAACUUGCCCUUGGAUGUUGGCACCGUGGUGGGACUGAGCUGCAGAAAGAAGCACACGGACGUCUUCUACAAAUUCACAUCCUUCACUACCCCAGGAAUUAUCUACCACUGUGACCUGACCUCUGACUCUCCUGAGCCCACUGUCUUCAGACAGGUGGAGGUGAAAGGCAUCAAGCCCUCCGACUAUGAAACCGUACAGGUCUUCUAUCCCAGUAAAGAUGGCACAAAGAUUCCCAUGUUCCUGGUGCAUGCAAAAGGGCUCCAGCGUGAUGGAUCUCACCCUGUUUUUCUCUAUGGAUAUGGCGGUUUUGACAACUCCAUCCAGCCCUACUACAAUGUGGCCUACCUGCUAUUUGUGAGGCAUCUAGGUGGCAUCCUGGCUGUUGCAAACAUCCGAGGUGGAGGAGAAUAUGGACAGACCUGGCACAAAGCUGGGAGCCUUGGGAACAAGCAGAACUGCUUUGAUGAUUUCCAGUGGGCAGCCAAGUACCUGAUCAAAGAAGGCUACACUACACCCGAAAAACUGGCCAUCAAUGGAGCCUCCAAUGGAGGUCUUCUUGUAGCGGCCUGUGUGAACCAGCAGCCAGACCUGUUUGGCUGUGCUGUGGCGGAGGUGGGUGUGAUGGACAUGCUGAAGUUCCACAAGUUCACCAUCGGCCACGCAUGGACCACUGACUAUGGCUGCUCUGACAAAAAAGAGGAGUUUGACUGGCUCAUCAAGUACUCCCCUCUGCACAACCUCCCCCAGGCCCCCACAGACAGUCUCCAGUACCCUGCCAUGCUCCUGCUGACAGCGGACCAUGAUGACCGCGUGGUGCCCCUGCACUCCCUUAAGUACAUCGCCACCCUGCAGCGUGGCGUGGGCGCCAACCCCAAGCAGCGCCAGCCCCUGCUCAUCCGCAUUGAUACCAAGAGUGGGCACGGGGCUGGGAAGCCCACUGCCAAGGCCAUCCUGGAGGACACACACAUCUUCUCCUUCAUCGCCGAGACCUUGGGGCUGAGCUGGAGAGACUGAGGGAGAGGAAGAGGACUGACAUGCUGAGAAUCAGUUGCUGGGAUGAAAAGAAGCCAAGUAUUAUCCACACAGCACAGCUGUAUGAUCCAGUCCAGGGUUUACAAAGCACAAGGCUCUCCUAUAGGUAGUAGAGUAUAGAUUUAUUGAGACAGCUUAAGAUUUUUAUUAUGUUCUGCACAUACUCAAAAUACAUUUUCAGUUGAUUAUGAUCACUAGACAUCUAAAAUCUCUGUGGCUGUGAAUUCCUUUUUUAUCAUCUAAAUUUAGAGAAUCUGGAAUUGACCUACUGUAUUUUGUCUUUUCAACUCCAAAGGCUGAUUUCAUUUGCACAGCAAAUUGCAUCUACAGAAGCAACAGGCCACUUUUUGCACUUUUUUUCCCAAACCUACACCAAGAACUGCAUGACCAUUGUUUGUUAACAAAUUUGAUUUUGCUUGAUAGCAAAAUCUGAUAGGAAAUUUUGAUUGGAUGCAUGUUGCUGAUCAUUGGAGAUAACAUCAUAAGAUUGCAAUAGCCAUUCUUUGCAAAACUCCGUACAGCUCUGUAAUAACAAAUUCAAGAGCCAGCUUUAACCAGAAAAACAGAAGUCCUUGAGAAUUUCCCAUACAAAACAUGCAAUUAGUGGCCAUUCCAAAGUGAGCAAUCCUAAAGUUUAAAAAUGCUAUUUAAUGGGAGUGUUUUCCCCAUUCCUGCAAGAUGAGUAAUAUAUGACACAAGAACACAAGGUUUUAGUCACAAGGAGUCACAGGACUUGCAAACCCACUGACACCACCGAUUCUGAUACACCCACAUUAAAGAAUGUAGUCCUUUCCGAAAAUCCCUGAGGGAAAAGAGUAAUAGAGAAUGCACAGAGAGGGCUGGCAGACACAUACUGUACCUACCAUAUACACGGGACACACAAAGGGCACACAGAGCAAUCAUUCAUGUGACACUGGAGUUACCAUAUUUCAAAAAUAAAAAAAAGAGGACACUCCAUUGACUGGGGUGGACAAGGGGUUUCUAUAAUUAUCUAUCAAAUCUUCGGUUACUGUAUUUGAAAAUUCACUCAAGAGGGCAUGUACCAGUAGAUAUUUAUACAAAACAUUUCAAAUCCAAAACUUUAUGGGGAAAAGAAUAAAGGAAAAAUUCCAUCUGGAAGUAUGGUAACCCUAUGUAAAACUGUUUCUUGAGCAGGAUGCUGUUGCAAUUUUACUGAAAUAAAAAGAAUGUGGACAUUGAA